AUGGUCCGAGUGCCACGCGGCUGUCAGGCCUGCGCUGAGGGUCAUCUUCAGUGUGACGGCAAAUCCCCCUGUGGCCACUGCAAAGGCCGCAAUGUGCCCUGCCUGACUCAGGCUCGCACCUUCAAGUUCCGCAACGAAGUGCCAGCGCUGCAACAACGCUACCGUGCCUCGCCCCCUUCGUCCACCUCCACCUCCACCUCGUCCAACUCCACUGCAUCCACCGCAACUAAUAGCAGUCCUUCCCUUCCCUCUACCCCCCGCUCAGGCCCGGCCCGCGGGCGCGACGUGCAAUUCGCCCCUGUGCCGCUGCCGCUGCCGCUGCCGCUCCCUAUGGACGAGUCGGUCUCGCCUUCGCUGACCGUCACGGCGGUCGCCGCCCAGCAGACCCAAGUCUUCACCAACUACGUCCUCACUGCCUUCCCUUGCUUCUUCAAAUGUACCGAAACCCGUGUGCCUGUCAACUGGGUCGAAUAUGUCGACCGCCGUCGUGGUGCGAUGAACUCGUGCUUCGACUGGGCCAUCCGCGCCUGCACCCUCGCCUACUCUGGCGCCCUCUACAAUGUCCCUGAAUUUCACGACGCUGCGCGCGCCUUCUACACCCGUUCUUUACGCGGCCUCGCCGGGCUCCUUGCCGACGAGUCGACCGCCAAAUCCGACGAAGCCCUCUCCACCGCCAUCGUGCUCGCCGUCUUCGAGAAACACCACUGCACCGGUCCCCAGGCAUGGAUUCACCAUGCUCACGGCAUUCGCGCACUGCUAAAACUCCGCGGCCCCAAAGCUCAUCUCCAUGGCUUCGGUCGCGCCAUGUACAUUGUCUACCGCCCGAUCCUUAUCGCUGCCGCCCUCAUCGAAGGCGAAGCCUGCUUCCUCGAAGAACCCGAAUGGCAUUCCCUCAACGAGCAAAUCUCCAACGACAAUGCCAAACUCCCAGACUCUUCCCUAUAUACAGACGUAGUCGACCGAGGUCUACGCGAAAUCAUCAAGAUCCCGGGCUACGUCAAACGCAUCCGCGAACUGAUCGCCCUUCCCUUGGCCAAACGCGCCAAACUCGAGCCCCCGCUUCUCCAGAGCGUGCAGGCCACCCGUGCCGCCCUCCGCGGCAUCCACACCGAAUUCGGCGUCUCCAUAUCCAUGCUACGAGCCGGCCAUGCCAAACCGCGGGGCUUCAUCGGCCCCCUCCCCGAAUUCUUCUUCGAGGGCUACUCAGCCCAUGUCACGCGCGGCGUGCACUCCGCCCUACUGAUCCUCGAUUACCUGGUCGUCAUGCUCGACCCGAGUCAGCGCUCCACAACCCUCCCGAGAGAGCCCCGUCGGUUAUCCUCCCCGCCAUCGCCGUCCCCGGCGGAAAGUGCCAGUCCUACCCCGUCGUACGAUUCACCCAUGACUCCGCCCAGCUCGCCAGGCCAGCCCCAGCUCGUGGUCGAGUCACUCAUCACCCCGAAUUACAAACAAGGGCCCACGACAGACUGGAUGGACCAGUUGACUUCGACAAUGGGGAUGGAUGGCGUGCGGGUACGCAUUGUGGAAUAAUUCCGGGAGCGUUUGGCGUUUGGUCUGGUUUCGGUUUGAUACCCCUGUAUGCAUGUAUGUAUAUGGCGAAGAAUGUAGAUGGGUGGGUUGGUAGGUGGAUGAGAUGCACAAAAUAACGGCCGAUGGAUGGGAGUAAAUGGGUCUAGGUAUACAAUAGGUACAUAGUUUGGAGAUCUAAGGAGUAAAUAUGUUGGAAUUAUUACCUUCAGAACAGUCCAUACAUUCUUCCCC